AUGAUUGAGAAAGGGGUUCUGACUCAAACAAAGAUAAAGCCAGUCAGCUGUUUACCCUCACAUUAUGGGGUGAACCCCAAGACAGGGAAGAUUACAUGGAUUGUCUCCUUCCUUACCCCAGUAAAAGGCUUCUCACUCUUCAAUGCCAGUGAGAGGGAUGCCAGGGGUUCUGCCACCCACCAAAGUGUGUGCGACUGGCAAGAUACUCCAACUGCAGUGAGCCCACAAGCCAGCAUGAGGGGCCAACAGGCGCGGAGUGCAAGAGAGCGCCAAGAUGUGCCAACUGCUGCCAACCCUACCCAGCUGGGCAUCAGCACUGCCCUGCCGCACCCAGGCGCGUGA